AGCAGCUGAGCAUUGCAGGGGAUAGAGGAAGCUGGUCACGUCUCUGAGAUGCUGCUGUACCUCACACAUGGGGGAGCCAGUCCGUGUCUCUCCCCAGUCAUCUGGAACAUCAGCCUGCUGCUGCUGCUGCUGGAUCACUGGAGGGGGGAGGAGGAGGGACAGUCACAGGCAGACCUGCAUCUAUGCCACCCCUCUAGCUGGAAGGGGGACCAGCCUUCUUUUGCAUGUUACCCACGUCCUGGGCUCUUGGAAACUUUACCCUGGGCGCAGGGCAGAGAGGGAGCCACUGAGGCUGCACAAUGGGGCACCUUGUCCUCUGGAUGGGGGGCUGGGCGAGGGGCUUGCCAUGCUGACACCACUGUGAAUAACAAGGGCAUCUUCCUCCCUGCAGCCCUGCAAUAAAUAAGCAGCUUCAGAGACAGCAUAAUCCCUCUCCCUGGCAUUUUGGGGGGUACCCUGGGCAUGGGGUACGCGGACCCCUCCUCCAGCAGGGACCUGCUGGGCAACAGAACUUUAUUCUUCAUCUUCAUCUGUGCUUUUGCUCUGGUGACCUUGCUGCAACAGAUCCUGUAUGGCAGAAACUACAUCAAGAGAGGACUGCAGUUUAGCUGGCAGAACGGAGGAGAGGAGUUGGGAAAUUGGACGGGGAUCUUUAAUUUCACGGAUGACGGAGCAGUGAAGACUGGGAGUGACGCAGGCGGCAGAUACUUUGAAUUUUCCGAAGGUCCUUUGGAUUUCAACUCUACAAAAUGCCUGGACCUCCGGCAAGACCUCAUGGCUGUGAAAGUUCUCUCUAUGGUCAAGGAAACAGAACUGUUUGAUCGUUGGAAAAGUCUUCAGAUCUGCAAGUGGGAGAUAAAUGUGACUGAAGCCAAUAUCUUCAGAUCUGCACUGGCGCGGUGUUGCAAUGCUCCGUCCUUCCUGUUCACCACCCAGAAGAACACGCCGCUUGGGACAAAACUCAGAUAUGAAGUUGACACAAGUGGUAUAUUCCAGAUCACCCCUGAGAUAUUCAAUAUAUUCCCUAAGGACAUGCCUUAUUAUCGCUCACAAUUUAAGAAGUGCGCAGUGGUUGGGAACGGCGGAAUACUGAAGAACAGCAAAUGUGGGAAAGAAAUAGACAGUGCAGAUUUUGUCUUCAGAUGCAACCUGCCCCCUAUAUCUCAUAAGUAUGUGGCAGAUGUAGGUAUGAAGACAGAUGUGGUGACAAUCAACCCGAGUAUUAUAACAGACAGGUUCCAGAGGCUGGAGAAGUGGCGGAAACCUUUCUACGAGGUGUUGCAGCGGUACGAAAACGCUUCUAUCCUCCUCCCCGCCUUCUACAAUACCCGGAACACGGAUGUCUCCAUCCGGGUAAAGUAUGUCCUCGAUGACUUUGAUUCCCAGCAGUCUGUGUACUAUUUCCACCCCCAGUACCUCAUCAAUGUCUCCCGGUUUUGGCUCAUCCAGGGCGUGCGCGCCAAACGCAUCAGCAGCGGCCUGAUCCUCGUCACCGCCGCCCUGGAACUGUGCGACGAGGUCCACCUGUACGGCUUCUGGGGCUUCCCUAUGAACCCAUCAGGGGUCUUCAUUACUCAUCAUUAUUACGACAACGUCAAGCCCCGACCGGGCUUCCACGCCAUGCCCUCGGAGAUAUUCAACUUUAUCCAUAUGCACAGUAAGGGCAUUCUGCGUGUCCACACGGGCUCCUGCUGCUAAGAAGCCGCGGCCAUGCGCACAAUUUGCGCGCUGAACAUUUAAACUAAAAUUAUGCAAUAAUGCUUAGAGCAGACUCUGUAGGAUGAGGCCUCCUGGUGCGCCGGCGCUUGCCAGCGUCACCGCAAAGACUUCCCAAAGUUGAAGAGGAAUAUUUCUGAUCCAAACAACAAAAAGCGAAACGCGUUGCCAUCAGCCCUGGUUUGAGGGCCACAAAUCAACUAAGCACACGAGAAGACAGCACACAGUGUAUCUACCAGCAUCUACCAUUAACCUACAGUACCACAGGACUGGAGGAGACAGAAGGGCAGCGACCCAUUGAUCUCACAAUCACCGCAGUGCUCUUUAUCAACCAUCUCCUGCAUUUUCUGUUGUAACCCUUUAAUAGCCAACACAGGGUAAAGCAUUGCGUCACA